AUGAAUAGUGUCAUGCUAUUGCUAUAAUCAAGAUAACUCAGUCGUAGUUGCUGGAUGUAAUAAGGAAAUUACAGUAUUUCAACUUAAAUAAGAGAAGCCGAAUUAAAUAUAAUUCUUAAGUGAACAUACAAGAGAAGUAAAAACUGUAAAUUUUAUGAAAAAUACAAAUAAAUUUGUAUCUGGAAGUUAAGAUAGUUUAAUUAUAAUAUGGUAGUUGAUUGGAAAUAAUUAAAGGUAAUGCUAAUAAUAAAAAAUUGAUUGGACCUGA